AUGCUUGCAUUUGUUCAUCUUGCCUUACUGGGCAUAAGCUUCACUGCCGUCAAUGGCAUGCCUAACAGUCUUGGGCGGCGCCAAGGGUAUGGCCAGAAUAACGGAGAAACGUGCACGACAACCCACACCAUAACGGUUCCUGUCACCUUGGUGGACUAUACCUACACAACUAUCACAAUCUCCGCGGAUACAGGAGGCACACCAAUUUUCCCAUCAACUGUCACCGUUUACUCUGGCUGCCCGAGCUCCUUGAGCAGCAUCCCCGGAUUGUCAUCCGAUUCUGCCAGCUCCUCCCAAAGUAGCAGCACACCGACAGGAUCAUCAACUACCACAAGCCCCAGCCAACCCAGCUCUAACGCCACGUCCAGUUCUACAUCAACUGCGUACACUUCUACCGCCCUUCCACUCUCCUCCUCGUCCCCUUAUGGUUCAUCUAGCAGCGGCACCGCCUUCCCGCCCGGCGACUCAACGACACAAACGGGCUCCCCGUUGUUUGGUAACUCAACCACAUAUGCCGGUACAUCGACUUCAUCUGGGGAUAUUCCCGGAACAGGCUCAACGGCUGUGCCAACCGCAAGCAGCUCCACGGAAUCUUCCAGUAAUAGUUUAUCCUUGACCGAAACUUCGACCUUGAGCACUCGUCUUCCCAUUCCAACUAGUCUUUUCAGUUCUUCUUCUGAGACACCAUCUACCUCAGACUCAUCUUCGGAAGCGACACCCUCUUUGGGGACCAGCAGUGACAGCAGCGUGAUAUCAUCAUCUUCGUCACGAGGAUAUGGCUCGAUCAGCUCGGCUUCUACCUACACGAGAGACGAUGUUGACGCUACACCGGGCACCACCCGCACCAUCCACCUUACCAGCACCGCAAGCACAACGACCAUAGUGGUAGAUGGGUCCAUAGUACCUGGGACCACAGUCAUCGGGACCAUAUUCACCGGGAGCACAGCAACUGGUAAACCCAGUGUCGGCACAUUUGAGACGACCGUGACAGUGACACAAGUAGUCACCGCAACCGUGGACAUCCCGAAUGAACUGGCAACUACCGUUACCGACAAUGAGACAGGCUUUUCUGAUUCUACGUCGGUCGUGGUCAUGACUUCCACGGGCCAUGUUAUUGUCACCAUCACGCCCAGCAGCAUUCCUUCUGCAAGUAUCCCGGAGAUUGACACAAGAUCGGUGGUGGUCCUCACAUCCACAGGCCAUGUCACUGUCACUGUUAUGCCUGGUGUCACCUCUGCAGGUAUUCCGGAUUUUGACACAAGCGCAGCAGAUGCGCUUUUCACUACUACCAACUCUGCUGCCCCGUCGGUUGUUGAGGGUGCCCCGGCGAGCUACAACGAAAGCGAGGUAUCUUACCAGCCCACUACCAGCUAUGAAGCGACUUCUUCAUCUUCAAUUGCUGGUAGUGUAACGUCAGCGGACGUUACGAGUGAGAUCAAUAUCUGGGAGUUCAGAGUCUACCACGACCUCCCCAAUUUCCAAUCCAGUCCCAGUACCUUCGACCACUACACAAUCAACAGAUUCUGUGACCGAGUCAACCACGACGCCCGGGACUUCAGAGUCUACAGAAGUCUCAAUGUCCAUCAGCUCAACCCCAUUGUCACCGACCAGCGAUUUCCCUUCAUCGAGCAAAGGGAUUCCUUCGACUAG